ACGGCGCUUGGGCCGUGUACCUGGCUGAGUCCAGCCUCUUUGCAUCCUGAUCCUUUACCUCUGUUCUCUGAGGCGUCCUUAAGCACCCCAGGCCUCACUCUUCCAGUCGGAGCGACCCCUGCGCUGGGAUGCUGAGUAUCCUGGAUGCUCGGGGUUGGAGCUGCACUUUGUUAGGUGUUUCCUGAGUCCUAUUUAUUCUUCAGUGCAACCUUGUGAGAUGAAUCGGACAAAGGGUGAUGAGGAGGAGUAUUGGAACAGUUCGAAGUUCAAGGCUUUCACCUUUGAUGAUGAAGAUGAUGAGCUCUCACAGUUAAAGGAGUCCAAGCGAGCAGUGAAUAGCCUCCGAGACUUCGUGGAUGAUGACGAUGAUGAUGACCUGGAGAGAGUCAGCUGGACUGGGGAGCCUGUAGGAAGUAUCUCAUGGUCCAUCAAAGAGACUGCUGGUAAUAGUGGGUCAAACCUUGAGGGACGUGAACAGCUAAAAAGCCGAAACAGCUUCUCCUCCUAUACACAGCUACCCAAACCUUCUUCUACCUACUCCCUGAGCAGCUUUUUUAGAGGGAGAACUAGACCUGGAAGUUUUCAGUCACUUUCUGAUGCUCUGUCGGACACGCCUGCCAAAAGCUAUGCUCCAGAGCUAGGGAGACCCAAAGGGGAAUACAGGGAUUACAGCAAUGACUGGAGCCUCAGUGACACAGUGCGACGCCUUCAGAAGGGCAAGGUCUGCUCGCUAGAAAGAUUCCGCUCCCUGCAGGACAAGCUACAACUCUUAGAAGAAGCAGUGAGCAUGCAUGAUGGAAACGUCAUUACUGCAGUUCUGAUCUUCCUGAAGAGGACACUGAGCAAAGAGGUCCUCUUCCGAGAGCUGGAGUUGCGACAGGUUGCCCUGAGACAUCUCAUCCACUUCCUUAAGGAAAUAGGGGAUCAAAAGCUGCUUUUAGACCUCUUCAGGUUCCUAGAUAGGACAGAAGAGCUUGCGUUAUCCCAUUAUCGAGAGCACUUGAACAUUCAGGACCCUGAGAAACGAAAAGAAUUUCUUAAGAGCUGCAUUGGUUUGCCAUUUUCAGCAGAAGAUUCUGCACAUAUACAAGACCAUUACACGCUUCUGGAACGUCAGAUCAUUAUUGAGGCAAAUGAUCGACAUCUAGAAUUAGCAGGACAGACUGAAAUCUUCCGGAAGCACCCCCGCAAAGCUUCCAUCCUCAACAUGCCACUAGUGACAACGCUUUUCUACUCCUGCUUCUAUCAUUACAUGGAAGCUGAGGGGACAUUCAGCAGUCCAGUCAACCUGAAGAAGACAUUUAAGAUCCCAGACAAACAGUAUGUGCUGACAGCCCUGGCUGCUCGCGCCAAGCUUCGAGCCUGGCAUGAUGUAGAUGCCCUGUUCACCACAAAGAACUGGCUGGGCUAUACGAAGAAGAGAGCACCCAUUGGCUUCCAUCGGGUCGUAGAGAUUUUGCACAAGAACAGUGCCCCUGUCCAGAUACUACAGGAGUAUGUCAAUCUGGUAGAAGAUGUAGACACAAAGUUGAACCUAGCCACCAAGUUCAAGUGCCAUGAUCUCGUCAUUGAUACUUGCCGGGACCUAAAGGAUCGUCAGCAGUUGCUAGCGUAUAGGAGUAAGGUGGAUAAAGGAUCUGCAGAAGAGGAGAAGAUCAAUGCCAUUCUCAACAGUUCGCAAAUUCGGUGGAAGAAUUAAGUGGCAUUAGCUACCCUGAAACCUGCCUCAUGUUUUCCUCUGCUGCCUGGGGAAGCAGAGAGCCCUCUUCUUGGGAGAGAUACAGCAUCACUUCGCUUGUCACGUGGGCCCAUCAACAGGCAGUGCCUGCAACUUUUCAGACAGAAACCUGCGCCUGGGCACAGACGGCUGCAGACUGACCUUCUGUCCAGAGGCUGCCUGUCAUGUAGGGGCCAAGAUCUAGAGCUCUGACUUGUGAGAAACAUUCGCUCCACCUGGUGCUCUUGGGAAGGUGGGAGUAAUUUCUAGAUUGGGCCCAUACUGGGCAAGCUCUCUUGGUCUGAAAACAGUGCCUGCUCUGGAAAGGAAGUCUUCUAGACAUAAAGAUAAUGGCUGUUGUAGGGUGGCCGCUCCGUUCUUCUCAGCUGAUUAUGACCCUGGACUUGGUGCUGGACAUUGGCAGUUCUGCUUUGAAUGAAGUCAACAGAAUCAAAAUGGUGUCUCCUGAAGGGCCUCAUGCUAUCCCAGUGCUGCUAGGACCUGCUGGCGGUGCCCUCACACCAGACUGUACAGGGUCCUCCACGUUAUGACAGAGAUUACCCAGAUAUUGUGUUUCUUUAGCCAGCAUCCCUCUGCUGCCCCAGUCUACCCUCUGUCCAAAAAACUGUGGUUCCUCUUUCACCUGCACACUGAGAUGGCCUUGAGUUGGGGGGGAGAACGUCCCUGUUAUCUUUUCCACUACUUCUCCCACCGCAGACCCAUAACCCUGUAUGGAGCUCAGACUCAGCAGUGCUGGAGAGCUCUCCCUUCAUACGUGAAUCUCAUCAUUUCACUGGGAGCUUCCAGAAGUUUCACCAGGGCUAAACUCAGCAGCAUUUCUGACUUAGGAUAUUAUAAUGGAGGUUUUAGUUUCACACUUGGUUUUAAGAGCAUAUUCUGUAAUGCUAGAUUCCUGCCCUGUACUAGUAUCAGCCUCUCUUCUGUAUGUCUGAACUGGGUUUCCUGGACAUGUUACACUCCUAAUAAAGCUGUUUAUUCCUUGGUG